UUCUCCAUCUUCUCGCUCACCAUCACCUUCACCAUCCGCACCCUCAUCCUCACCAGCGCCGUUAUCUCCGGUACCGUGAUGACCCGCGACGAUGGACAAGUUGUCCUCCAGCCUGUCGGAGAUCACUUGGAGCCCGGUGUCGCUGCCGCUGGACGCGGUGGUCAGCAAAUUCCGUCUGCCCACUCUGGUUCGUCUGGCUCACGGUGAAUGCGUGGAGGGUCUGUCAGAGGAGGAUGUGGUUCUGCUGCACUCCUGCCGUCAGUGGACCACGGUGACGGCCCACAGCUUAGAGGAGGGACACUACGUCAUCGGACCCAAGAUUGACAUUCCUCUGCAGUAUCAGGGCAAGUUCAAGUUGUUGGAUGAAGACCGGGACGUCAGGGAUCCCGUCCAGUAUUUCUCCAGUGUGGAAGAAGUUGCUGGAGUCUUCCCCGACAGAGUCUUCGUCAUGGAGACCAUUACUUUUAGUGUUAAGGUGGUGUCAGGAGAGUUCAGUGAAGACAGUGAGCCCUACAGCUUCACUCUGCAGGCUGGAGAUGAGCUGUCGCUCAUGGGGAAAGCGGAGCUUCUCUGUGCCACUCCCUCAAAGGAAAAAACAGGGCUAAGUGCCCUCCUGAGACGGCUGGGAAAGACUCCCAGAAGUAAAACUCCCUGUUUGGUCUGCAUGAACCAUCGGACCAAUCAGAGUGUCAGCCUGCCCUUUGGCUGCCGCGGUCGCUUUUGCACACGCUCCCCUCUUGAGCAAGGCAUGCUGGGUGGGGAGCACACGGUACGCAGCAUAAUCGAGAGGGUGCGCCUCCCCGUCAACGUGUCCGUACCCUCAAGACCCCCUCGAAAUCCCUACGACCGCCACGCUGUCCGGGAAGGCCAUCGCUACAAGCUGCUCAACAUCGUCAGCAAGACGGUGGUUCUGUGCAUGGUGCUGCGUCAACAGGAAGUCUCCCCCUCCCACUUCCUGCUGCUGCGCUGCAUGCCCAGGUUCAACGUGGCCGAGGCCUCCGUUCACACCGCGGCUCUGGAGAACCUGUUGAUGAGACACGUGUUCGACCCGGACGGCUACUCUCGGGCCGUCAGAGAAACCCGACCGGAGCUGGAGUGUAUAACGGAGGAGUGUGUGAGCCCACGCCGCUCACGGGUGUGCGUGUCGGGUCAGGACUCCAUAGCGCCAGCGCUACAGCGGCUGUCCAUGUGUGGGUACGGGGGCGGGGUUUCAGACAGCCUAUCACAGCGCUGCAGGGACUCUUUUGGAGAGAGACUAGGGGAGGGCCCGGGUGAGGAGAGGGAGUACGUGACUCCAGAGUGGACUGAGAGUGAAUUAAGGACCAGUGAGGAAAUCCCUUACGAGGAACUCUGGACCAAUCAGAACACAGAGAGCUUGGGGAAAGAACCAAACCUCAUCACUUUCCAUUCGUCUUCUUCAUUGGACGGGACUCUGGGGACAGUGGUGACCAGAGUGUCCACGCCGCCGCCUGUACCUCCAAAAUCUGAUGCUGUAAGAGAGGAGUGUCGCUACUUGAUUGCUCCUCCGGUUCCCCCUCGCUGCUCCAAAGGGGGCUCCAUCUCCAGCCCCGCCCCCAGUCCUCCCGUUCCACCUCGUUUCCCCAAGACCUCCAACUCACCGAGACCCAACCUCUCCUUCUACUCCUCUGGACUUCAGGACAGCUGCUCCCCCUCUCCAGACACCUCCUUGUACUGUUACCCCUGCUCCUGGGCCGACUGCCCCGCUCCCAACCCUGCCAGUUCGGAGCCGGCCUCUGCCGUUCCUGCAGACAGCACAGCCAACCCUCAGCCGGCGCAGGCUACCUGGGUGGAGCCGUGGACGGACUCCUUCACCUCCUCCUCGUCUUCCUCUGGACCUCGACUCAGGCCUCCUCCUCCUCAGAGUCGAUUUGCCCCUUUUGGUGCGUUGAACCCCUUUAACCGCCAGUCUCCCUGCCCUUCCCCUGAGCCCACCACCAAUCCGACGACGACAGAUUCCUUCAGAGGCGCAGAGGGUGGUGGAACGUGUGUAGGGGUCAACGAAGGCCCGUCGGCGCCUCCUGACUCCUCCUGGAGGCCACCUGCGGACCUGUCCGCCCUGUCGUUGGAAGAGGUGUCGGCGUGCCUGCGGUUCAUCGGCCUCUCCGAAGCGGCAGUGGCCAUCUUUCAGAGGGAGCGGAUCGACGGCAGCCUCCUGGUGCAGCUGACCGAGGACAUCCUGUCACAUGACUUCCACCUGAGCCGACUCCACGUCACCAAGAUCACACAGUUCAUACAGGGCUGGAGGCCCAAGAUUUAACACUGAACACACACUCAGUCCUGAUAAUGUGCCUGUCGGCUGCUGAGCCUUCUCCGAUGUGCCUUCCACUGUGACCAGCUGGCUGCUGAGCCCCACUCUGACUGACGCCGAGGUCAAACCACGCCACCCUGUGGUCAAGUCAAACUCUCUUACACUUGAUUGGCCCUUGUGCCAAACGUUUUCUGACAGACUGACUGCAUAUUUUCUGUCUGAAUCACAGACUGGGACUAGUUUACUAACAACUGGCAGCAGCAGAGGGCGUCAGGAGGAACCUGGGCCCCGCUUCCAGUUCGUGUUUUGGGGGGGGAAAUAGUAAAUCUUUAUGCUACAAUAAAAAUGUGAGUGCUGCUCAUGUUUGUCUGGCCGACAUGCUGGAAAGUUUGAGGAAGAAACCACAGUCCCAGAAACGAACAAAACAUUACUAAUAAUAAUUUAAAAAAAAACAGAUGAAGAGACUAAUGGAACGGCUGUGACUUUUAUAAUCACAUAAUUGAAGCGUGAAUUUAUAGAAACAUUUGGAUUUUGCCAAAAUAAAACUAUGGAUGGGAAUUGUAAUAAAAAUGAUUACAUACAUUUCCAUUCAACUGAUUUUGAUUUUACAAAGUAAUUUAAUCUGCAAAUAUUUUCAAAAAAUAAAAUUUAAAUUUGCUUUGCUCCCUAGAUACCUGUCCAUUCAGCAUCCCUUAAAAUUAUAUGUAAUAUAUAUAUCUAAACAUUAGAAUUCUGGAUAAAUAUUAGCAGAUCUAAAAUUACAAAUGAAUCAGUAACACAUGGUACAGACAAUUACUUCCAGGUAGAGUUUGAAUCAAGACUGUACCGUUUGUCUUUGCUUAAAAAGCAGGUGAUGAUUAAAACUGUGUUUUUACACAGAGCUACCAUCAUCUCAGCCACGCUGGGAAUUAUUGUUAGUUUGUCUGAUUUAGUCAGACAACUGUGAGCAUGAAGGUCAAAACAAAUUUGUUAUUAUCUCAUACGAUUUCUUUCUGAUUGACAAAAACACUGCUGCUUCUGCUGCUUCCUGUCAUCGUCUGAAAUGAUCCUUGUUAAAUUCCAUGCUCCCAAAAUUCCCUGCUGCUGCCUGUUGAUGGCAAAUUCCUUUCAUAAUUUUUUUUUUGUUUGUGUUUGUUUUGUCUCCAUUUUUGGUUUUGCUAAAAAUGCACAUUAUUGUCAUCCUUUGUGUGAUCCUGCAUCUGCAAGGCCACUGUAAGAACAGCAACGAAGAAAAGAAUGAAUGAUGAUAUGAAAUAAAUAGAAAUGAAAUGAGGAAA